CAGGAAGAAGUAGUCUUUGUAUUCCAUCAGCAGAAGAAAAUGGCAACCAACGAGUACACACAGCCAGCAGCCCAAGGGUAUGGGUCAUACCCUUCUCAACCUGCACAAGGCUAUUCCCAGCAGGGCAGCCAAUCUUAUGGUCAGCAGAGCUACAGCGGCUACGGCCAGUCUGCUGGGUCUUCUUCCUAUGGACAGAGUGGAGGAUACAAUUCGUCCUAUGGACAAGAGCAGAGCUCUGGCUACAGCUCUCAGCCUGCACAAGGAUACAGCGCUGGUAACUAUGGCAGCUCCCAAUCAUCCCAGACCCCCUAUGGUGGAGGACAGCCACCACAGCAGCAAUCUUCCCAGUCAUCUUAUUCCAGCUAUUCCCAGCAGCCUCCAGCCAGCAGUAACACAGGAAGCUAUGGUGCUGGCUCUCAGUCCUCCUCCUACCAGCAGCAGCAGGGGAGCAGUGGGUAUGGGCAACAGCCCAGUGCAGGAUAUGGAGGUCAGCAGAGCAGCUAUGGAGGCCAGUCAAGCUACGGAGGUCAGCAGUCCGGUCAGGGUGGUUACAGCGGUCAACAGUCCGGUUCCUUUGGGCAGCAGUCCAGCUAUAAUGCCCCACAAAGCUAUGGCCAGCAGCAAUCCCAGUACAGUGGUGGAUCUGGUGGUUACAGCGAGGACUCUCCUCCCCUGGCUGGUGGUGGUGGAGGCGGCUAUGGCGGCUCUGAACCAGGCGGCUUUGGUGGUCAGGAUAGAGGCAGAGGACGUGGUGGAUUCGGUGGGCGUGGAGGCUUUGACCGAGGCGGUAGAGGAGGCCGUGGCACAAGAGGCGGCAUGGGCGGUGGUGAGCGGGGAGGAUUCAGUAAAUUUGGUGGACCACGUGAAGGUGGACCUCCCAGACACGACAUGGCGGUUGAACAGGAUAACUCUGACAACAACACAAUCUUUGUGCAAGGCAUGGGUGAGGCUGUGACCGUGGAGUCUGUUGCAGAAUACUUCAAGCAGAUUGGAAUCAUUAAGACAAACAAAAAGACCGGGCAGCCCAUGAUAAACCUGUACACAGAUCGGGAGACUGGCAAGCUGAAGGGAGAGGCAACUGUGUCCUUCGAUGACCCUCCGUCCGCUAAGGCGGCCAUUGACUGGUUUGAUGGGAAGGAAUUCUCUGGAAAUAUGAUCAAGGUCUCAUUUGCCACACGGAGAGCCGACUUUACCAGCCGAGGUGGUGCAAACAGCAGAGGCGGCAGAGGGCGUGGAGGUCCCGUGGCACGUGGUGGGUUUGGUGGACCACCUGGUGGAAGCAGCAGCAGCAGCCGUGGAGGUGGUGGUGGUGGAGGAGGAGGAUUCCCCAGCGGCGGCGGAGGACAGCAGAGAGCUGGAGACUGGAAAUGUCCCAACCCGUCCUGUGAGAACAUGAACUUCUCCUGGAGAAAUGAAUGCAACCAGUGCAAGGCUCCCAAACCUGAUGGUCCCGGAGGACCUGGAGGUGGAGGUGGUGGUGGAGGAUUUGGUGAUGAGAGAAGAGGAGGAGGUGGAGGACGUGGCGGCUUCGAUCGUGGUGGUUUCAGAGGAAGGGGAGGUGAUAGAGGUGGUUUCCGUGGCGGCAGAGGAGGUGGUGACCGUGGAUUUGGACCAGGCAAAAUGGAUUCCAGGGGUGACCACAGACAGGACAGACGUGAACGACCCUACUAGCUCUGACGCAUGAUGUUUCUACGGUUAUUUUUUUGUUUUUUAAGUUUAAGUCUAAUUUUAUACAUAUUACCUGUAUCCUAUGGAUUCUUCCGAAUUUAUGUACUUUGUAUUACCUCCGCAGUGCGCUGUGAAUUUUACCCGUCUUUGUAAAGUACUUGCCAUUAAACAGAUGACCUUGCGUGUACAUUUCCAUAA